AGCGCGCCGGCCGCGGCCGCGGGGGGGGGGGGGUUUGGAAAAAUGACUCAGUAAGUUCAGCGCGCCCGCUCCGGCCGGCCCUGCGCCUCCCGCCGCGCCCGGGAUGUAUUCGUCCCCGCUCUGCCUGACCCAGGAUGAGUUCCACCCGUUCAUCGAGGCGCUGCUGCCGCACGUCCGCGCCUUCGCCUACACCUGGUUCAACCUGCAGGCGCGGAAGCGCAAGUACUUCAAGAAGCACGAGAAGCGCAUGUCCAAGGACGAGGAGCGCGCGGUGAAGGACGAGCUGCUGGGCGAGAAGGCCGAGGUGAAGCAGAAGUGGGCGUCCCGGCUGCUGGCCAAGCUGCGCAAGGACAUCCGGCCCGAGUGCCGCGAGGACUUCGUGCUGGCCAUCACCGGCAAGAAGGCGCCGGGCUGCGUGCUCUCCAACCCCGACCAGAAGGGCAAGAUGCGCCGUAUCGACUGCCUGCGCCAGGCCGACAAGGUGUGGCGGCUGGACCUGGUCAUGGUCAUCCUCUUCAAGGGCAUCCCACUGGAGAGCACCGACGGCGAGCGCCUGGUCAAGGCGGCGCAGUGCGGCCACCCGGUGCUCUGCGUGCAGCCGCACCACAUCGGCGUGGCGGUCAAGGAGCUUGACCUCUACCUGGCCUACUUCGUGCGCGAGCGAGACGCGGAGCAGAGUGGCAGUCCCCGGGCAGGGAUGGGCUCCGACCAGGAGGACAGCAAGCCCAUCACACUGGACACCACAGAUUUCCAGGAGAGCUUUGUUACCUCCGGUGUGUUCAGUGUCACAGAGCUCAUCCAAGUGUCCCGGACCCCCGUGGUGACUGGGACAGGACCCAACUUCUCCCUGGGGGAGCUCCAGGGGCACCUGGCGUACGACCUGAAUCCAGCCAGCACGGGCAUGAGAAGAACCCUACCCAGCACUUCCUCCAGCGGGAGCAAGCGGCACAAAUCGGGCUCGAUGGAGGAAGACGUGGACACGAGCCCCGGCGGCGAUUACUACACCUCGCCCAGCUCUCCCACGAGUAGCAGCCGCAACUGGACUGAGGACAUGGAAGGAGGCAUCUCGUCGCCGGUAAAGAAGACAGAGAUGGACAAGUCACCUUUCCACAGCCCAUCUCCCCAGGACUCACCUCGCCUCUCCAGCUUCACCCAGCACCACCGGCCUGUCAUCGCCGUGCACAGCGGGAUCGCCCGGAGCCCUCACCCGUCCUCCGCCCUGCACUUCCCCACGACCUCCAUCCUGCCCCAGACGGCCUCUACCUACUUCCCGCACACGGCCAUCCGCUACCCGCCUCACCUCAACCCCCAGGACCCGCUCAAAGAUCUCGUGUCGCUGGCCUGUGACCCAGCCAGCCAGCAGCCUGGACCGUUAAAUGGAAGUGGUCAGCUCAAAAUGUCCAGUCACUGCCUUUCUGCUCAGAUGCUGGUACCCCCGCCCCCUGGGCUCCCGCGGCUGGCGCUCCCCCCCGCCACCAAACCCACCUCCGAGGGAGGAAGCACGUCGCCGACCUCGCCCUCCUACUCUACGCCCGGCACGUCCCCUGCAAACCGUUCCUUUGUGGGAUUAGGACCAAGGGAUCCAGCGGGCAUUUAUCAGGCACAGUCCUGGUAUCUGGGAUAAGAAAGAUUUCUUCCCACGCCCUGCUCCUCCGUCGCGGGAAUCCCAGGGGGCCGCACUGCCGGCCCCGGCCCACGUUUUCAGUGGAAAGUUAGAGCGAGCGAGACGACCCUGCCGACUCCCAGCCUGGCCGGAAGGACAGAACAGACGCACACACGCAGGAGGGAAACAAGCAAAAAGAAAAAAGGCAAAA